UAUAAGGACAUAUAAUGCAGAAGAUAAAAAGCUUUGUCGGGAAGCUAUAAAUAUGGACAAGAUAAAUCUACUACGCCUAUCGGCAUAUACUUAUUUGUUUUGAUAAUUAUCUGUGUUAGGAGAUUAACCUUAUAUAAACUGGUAGAGUACAGAACGAAUAUACAUUUCAGUGGUGAACUACGUAUUUUAUUUUCAAAAAUAUAGGAUUUGUAAAAAAAAUUACCACUACGCAGUCGCAAUUUGAAUGAGAUCUAUCACUUAUCUAACUGUUUGAAGUGUCGGAAAUGUUACCACAUGUUCAGACGUCAACGUUGUUCAAAAACACUUGUGAUUACAGUUGCGAUCGCCGUGACCUAUAUUUUGGCGUGCAACUUUUUUACAUUGUAUCACUUGUCUAAAUCAAAGCCAAACUACUUUGUUCACAAAUAUGGACUUUUAUACCUAGGACAUCUACAAACAUUUAAGAACUGGACUUGCAAACCAGUGCUAUUUUCUAAGAUCCCGCUGCCAUCAACGGCCUUGGCUAGUUAUCCAGGAUCUGGAAAUUCGUGGUUACGUCAUUUACUUCAGCAGACGACAGGCAUAGCAACAGGAAGUGAAUAUGUGGACUUUUCCUUGAAAUAUCAUGGAUUUUUAGGGGAAGGUAUAACAAACUCUUCUGUUCUGGUUGUCAAAACUCAUGAAUAUGGAAAUACAACAUUGAUGAAAUAUGACAGAGCUGUUCUAUUAAUCAGAGCACCGGAAGAGGCACUUUUAGCAGAAUUCAACAGAAGAUAUGCAGGUCAUCUUGGGCAUGCGCAGAAAUUGCAUUUUAAGAAAGAAUGGAAGCCAUUUUUCUUCGAGGAAAUGGACAACUGGUUUAAUUUUAAUAAAAGAUGGCUGACAUUCAAAGAAAAACUACAUGUUGUGAAGUAUGACGAGCUGAUACAAAAUACCUCAGCAGAGAUUGCGGCCUUAUUGAAAUUCUUAAACAUAUCCGUGUCUAGUAAAGAAUUGUUGUGUGUUGUCCGAAAUGUUGACGGUCAUUUCAAACGACCUGGGACUAAUCAUAAUUAUUCAGGUCAGAAGUUGUAUCAACCAUCAACUAAACAAACAUUGGCUGCAUACUGGAGAGAAAUCACAAUGUUAGCCCAUAAAAAGAAGCUAGAGAAGUUGCGAUAACAAGAACAUGCCUGACGGCAAGGCGGACGGAGAGACGUACGGAUCAAUAAAAUGCAUUGACUAUGAUAAAUGCAUCUCAAAUACUUUAAAUGUUUAAACUGUCUUCAGAGUUUGAUAACUAGAGACUGGUUGAUUGUUCAUUGCGUAACGUCAUACAUAUUUCGGACGACUAACUGGGUAGAAAAUAUUUCCAGAACAAUUUCACGAAGUUCAAAAUUCGACUUCAAUAAUUGACCUAUCCAUGAAUUUUGAAGUAAUUUGUUUCAAACAUUUACACGAGGGGCAAGUUACCAUUUUUGUAUUUUGUAAAAACAAUUAUGCCAUUUGUAUCUAUCCUUUAAACGUUCUGUCCAUCAAUCUAUAUUCUUUAUACUCUAGAACCUCACCAUUCUUUAAAUGUUUGGUACUAUGUUUCUCUAUUCUUUAUAUAGUUAUCAAAGUAAUAGGAUUAUAAUUCAGUACUCCAGACGCGCGUUUCGUCUACACAAGACUCAUCAGUGACGCUCAUAUCAAACUAUUUAUAAAGCCAAACAAAUAGAAAGCUGAAGAGCAUUGAGGAUCUUUAUAUGUUAUAGAUAUAGAUAUAUGUGGUAUGAGUGCCAAUGAGACAACUCUCCAUCCAAGUCGCAAUUUAUAAAAGUAGACCAUUAUAGGUCAAGGUGCGGUUUUUAACACGGAGCCUAGGCUCACACCGAACAGCAAGUUAUAAAGGACCAUUAAAAUUUCUUGUGAAAACCAUUCUAACGGGAAAAACAACUGCUGUGCGGUGAGAGCCCGGGCUCCGUGUUGAAUAUCUUACUUUGAAUUAUAAUGGUUUACUUGUACAGAUGUUGACCUGGAUUGAGAGUUUUCGAAUUGACUUUCAUACCACGUCUCCGUAUAUAUAUGUACAAUGUAUAAAAGUUAUAUGUUGUCACCAUUAAAUAAAGGCAACAGUAGUAUAGCGCUAUUCAAAAGUUUUGAAUCCAUUGAGAGAGAACAAGUCCGGGUUUCAAACUAAAACCGAGGGAAACUUAUCAAUUAUUAGAGGAAAACAAGUACUCUGAUUAUAAUUUUGAUACAAAUGAAAACAGCCACAAUCUGAUGUUUCGCUAUAACAGCAAGGGUCGAGCAGUUUAAUGGUAAAAAAAAGAAAUGACUGAAGUUAUAUAUGAUCCAAACGUCUCAUAAUCUGAAAGAAAAAAAAAUUGAAAGAUUCCUAUAGCUUUUAGACGUAUAUGUAUAAAAAAAACAUUUAGUAUAAACAGAAUGGAAUGCUGAGUUACUGCCAAUUAAAUGAUUAUCCGCUAGAAACAACAGGACAACUGUGUUACCUUAUUACGACCAUCAAAAAUAGACAAAACCCGUAAAGGUUAGGUUUUGAACUGACAAAUUUAAAAAAAAAAAAAAUUAGAAACACAUUAGUCUGAAUCAUGAUAAACAACUACAAUCAAUACUGUCCUUCAACAGGAUAUCUGUUGCAUUCAGACGUAAGCACAGAGUUAAAAACUAACCAUGUAUCAGUUUUUUUUAUCAUAGCUAAAAAUAAUGCACACAAUUUGACUGCUAAAGACUGAUGGUUCUAAAAAUUGAGUAUAAAGUAAAAUUACAAAAAUACUGAACUCCGAGGAAAAUUUAAUCGGAAAGUACCUACUCGCAUGGCAAAAUCGAAUGGGAAAACACAUUAAACGAAUGGACAACGACUGUUAUAUUCCUGGUAAAGGCAUGUUCAAAUGUUGGAAAUGGUGGAUUGAACCUGGUUUUAUAGCGCUGAACCUCCCACUUGUUGACAGGAAUACACAAGAUGCAAUUGUUUGUUGUUGUUCUAUUCGUAGUAGUUGUAUGCAGUGCUGUUAACGGUACUACGCUUGGUAAAGACUGUAGAGACAAGGACAGAAAAUGUAGUUACUGGACCAGUAUUGGAGAAUGCGAUAAUAACCCUGGUUAUAUGCGUGUCAGCUGUUGUAAAAGUUGUAAUAGUUGUAUCGACCAGAACCUAGAUUGUCGUUCCUGGGCUAAACGUGGAGAAUGCUUUAAGAACCCGAAUUACAUGCAAUCAAGAUGUUGUGAAAGUUGCAAUCUUUACCCUAGGGGAGUAGGAGUACUAAGGAGAUAGACAGGUUAUGGAAACAUGGACAGCAACGAGGCUUACAUAAUUUAACAAUAAAAUAUAUGUAACCACU